GUCUCGCCAAAACAGAAAGAAGCGGAUACUGACGCGGGCUGCAGUUACACCCAGCGCGGCCAUAAACUGACCCAAAGCAGCGCGGAAAGAGCGCCCCUAACGUUCUGCCCAUGCUGGGGAGCUGAAGCGCUGGUCGUCAUGGUGAAGAAUGUUCCGGAAGGGCAAGAAGCGUCACAGCAGCAGCAGCUCCCAAAGCAGUGAGAUCAGCACCAAGAGCAAGUCUGUGGACUCCAGUUUGGGAGGCCUCUCCAGGUCCAGCACGGUUGCCAGUCUCGACACAGACUCCACCAAGAGCUCGGGUAACAGCGCGUUGGACGCCUGUGCUGAGUUCCGGGUGAAGUAUGUGGGGGCGAUGGAGAAGCUGCCGUUCGAGAUGUGCAGGACCCUGCUGGAGCCGCCGGACCUGAUCAGCUACAUCGACACGGCGCAGCAAGAAGGCAAGCUUCCGUUUGUGGCUGCGGACGAGGAGAUGUUCUUGGGGGUGUCCAAGUACGGCGUGAGAGUGGCCUCCGCAGACCAGUGUGACGUGCUGCAGAGGCAUCCUCUCUACCUGGUGGUGCGCAUGCUGUGUUAUGAUGACGGGCUGGGGGCCGGCAGGAACCUGCUGGCCCUGAACACCACCGACCCCUCCCAGCAGGAGUGCAGCAUCUGGGUGUACCAGUGCAGCAGUGCGGAGCAAGCACAGGCCAUCUGUAAGGUGCUGUCUGCUGCCUUCGACUCUGCCCUGGCGUCCGACACCAAGUCCUGAGGCCUGCUCCGGGGGCAGGGCCCGCAAGCCACGCCCCUACCAGCAUGCCUACCCAGCAUGCCUUGCCCAACCACCAUCAGCUGAGCCAUGCGGAGGUCACCAUCAUCACCCACAUGGACUUUGUUUUUAAUCUAAUUUAAUGUAAUUUAAUGUUGUGUACAAGAACAGCGCAUGGUUUUGAGUUUACGACCUGGCAUUUCUAAGCUCUCCGGAGGUACAAGUGGCUGCUGACUGGCUAGCUGUGAGCCUGCAACAGCGGUACAGCAUGGGGUGCAAAGACACCGCCAGGGACCCUGCCAAGGAGGAGCGGCGGCUUUACCACAUGAUCAGUGGAUUCAAUCCCGCAGCAUGCUGACGACACCAGCCCCGCAGAUGCUGAGGCGAGGGCUGCAGGGACCGGUGUUCUGGUUAAACGGUACUUUGUGUCAUGUGAUGGGUCGGCUGUUUCUGUUUUGAAGGGUCCUCAGCUGCUGUUGCUGGAAUUCCCCCUUCCUCUGCCCCGCCCACGGCUGUGUGGGGGGUCACGGGUUGGGGGUGGGGAGCGCUGACAUCCAAACACCCUGUUACCUCUUUUCUUACACACCCAACCCACUGGGCCAGAUGGGCUGGAUCAGAU